AGCCCAGGUUUCAGCAGACCUCGUCAGGAUGCCAUCUCAGAUGGAGCACGCCAUGGAAACCAUGAUGCUUACAUUUCACAGAUUUGCGGGGGACAGAGACUACUUAACAAAGGAAGACCUGAGAUUGCUCAUGGAAAGGGAGUUCCCUGGGUUCUUGGAAAAUCAAAAGGACCCUCUGGCUGUGGACAAAAUAAUGAAGGACCUGGACCAGUGCCGAGAUGGCAAAGUCGGCUUCCAGAGCUCUUUAUCACUAGUUGCAGGGCUCAUCAUUGCAUAUAGUGACUAUUUUGUAGUACACAUGGAGCAGAAGGGGAAGAAGUAG